AACAAGAUGGCGACCGUUUUGCCGAAAGUUCAGGAGUUGUCAACACGUGUGUUGCGGGUCCUUGGAUGCAACCCAGGUCCAAUGACGCUUCAGGGAACAAACACAUAUGUCAUUGGUACAGGGGAAAGGAGGAUUCUAAUCGAUGCUGGGGAGCCUGGCAAACCAGAGUACACAUCCUUGUUGAAGACAGAGUUAUCACAGCGGAAUGUGGUGUUGUCAGACAUAUUUAUAACCCAUUGGCAUUUUGAUCAUGUGGGCGGGGUGCCUGAUGUGUGUAGAGAAGUCACCACAGAUGUUCCAAACAUAUGGAAGUACAAAAGGGUAUCUCAGAGUGACGUAGAUUUAGGGGGAGAACUUAGAUACGACUUUGUGGAUGACAACAAAAUUUUACGCACAGAUGGAGCAACAUUAAGGGCUGUGCAUACUCCAGGGCACACAGAAGAUCACAUGAUCUUAUAUCUGGAAGAGGAGAAUGCUGUGUUCUCAGGCGACUGCAUUCUGGGAGAAGGGACCACGGUAUUUGAAGACCUCUACACUUACAUGAAGUCUUUAGAGACCAUAUUGUCCUUGCAACCCAGAGUUAUCUACCCUGGCCAUGGACCAGUGAUUGAGAACCCCAUAGAAGUGAUACAACAGUACAUCAGCCAUAGGCAGAUGAGAGAAGGUCAGAUAUUGGGCACUUUGAAAGAGCGGGCUGGCCAAUCAUUGACCGCUAUGGAAUUGGUCAAAAUAAUUUAUAAAGAUGUUCCUGAACGUCUUCACCUGCCAGCUGAAAAGAACGUGAAUAAUCAUUUGGUCAAGUUAAAGAAAGAGAACAAAAUAGACUGGGAUGUGAAGGACGGAGAAAAGAGAUGGAGAAUUGUCAUCAAAUCAAAUGUCUGACCAAGUUAAAUUCUGGAAGAUAUCAACUAGUUUUAUCCCAGAAUAAAUAAAGUUUUAACACACUGAUUUUUAAUACUCAGCAUAUGUAAUUGAGAUGAGGUGUGAGGAAAACGGGUUGACAAGCUAUAUACUUGCCUCAGGGAGCUGACUUUGUCUGGUGUCUGAUGUCAAACAAAGGGACCCAAUAUCGGACAAAGGGAUCUACUUGAUAUUGCUUGAUUUGACAUGUUCUUGAGCCCUGCAUUGAACAAUGAAAUAAAUGAGAUAAUAAGUUCAAGAUCA